AUGAUUCCCCAUGAACGUCUCCCAGUCAUCAUCGUCGGAGCAGGUGUGACCGGUCUCCUCAUAGCCCAGGGACUUCGCAAGGCCUUUGUCCCAUUCGUCAUCGUUGAGCAGGAACCUCCCGGAGGUCGUUCCUAUGCACGGGAAUGGAGCAUGUCGCUCCAUUGGGGAUAUCCUCUCUUCGCAGAACUUCUGACUGGUGAUCUCUUGUCGAAGUUCAAAUCGACCCAAACGGAUCCGUUUAACGACACGCCUGAGGAAGACGAGCUGCCCAUGAUGCAUGCGCAGACCGGGGAAAAAAUCACUUCACUUCCGUUGGGCCUUAAUUAUCGAGUAUCUCGAGAUAAGUUGCGGAUGCUCUGUGCUCAAGGUAUCGACGUCCGGUAUAAUAAGUACCUUGUCGACGCCAGACUCUCAAACGAUGGCAAUGCCGUCACUGCGUAUUUCGAUGAUAACACGGAAGUUAUAGGUUGCACCUUGAUAGGCGCAGACGGUGUCAGAUCAAUUGUCCGGAGGAUACUCGUGGGCCCAGAGAAAGCAAUGCCCACAUCGAUACCGUACGAAGGCUUCAUGGUGAAUGCGAGUUAUCCUGCAGAAGACGCCGUGAAGUUCCGCCAAUUCCAUCCGAUGUACGUCUCGGGUGUUCAUCCCGACGGAUCACAAGACGUACCGGAUCCUGCCGACCCCACGACUUGGCGAUUCAUCUCCCAGGUCAGCCGGAAAGUGCCCUCCGGGCGUAUUACCAACUACGACGCGACUACUUGCCGCCAGAUAGUCAAUGACAUCGCCAGCCAGUGCUCUGAGCCGUUCCGCAGUGCUUGGUUGCAUCUUCCUGAUGAUACUGUAGUAUGGCAUGUCAAGCCCGCGUAUUGGGUCCCGAUUCCUUGGGAUAACGCCGGCGGGCGUAUGACUCUGGCUGGAGACGCCGCCCACUCCAUGACCUAUCAUCGGGGCCAAGGGUUGAACCACGCUGUUAACGACGCGUGGACUGUGGUGGCAAGACUGAAAGAAUACGCCUGCGGUAUCAAGUCACUCGCGGAUGCGGUGUCUGAAUAUAACACCGAGUGCCGCGAGCGGGGAGGUAGAGAAGUGCUUGCGUCGCUCAGGAACACGGAACUCGUACACUCCUGGGAUGAUCUCAAAGAGUCCGAUAUUUUCAGGUAUGCCUUUGCGAAAGGGGUCCAGGCCCCUACAUGUGCGAUGGCCGCGAAAUUCGACGCGAGCGCGACUUAG